GCAAAUAUAAAAAUUAAUGGGAGUUUAAUGUAAAAAAGGCUAAAAAGCUUGAGAAGCUUAUUGGAAGGAGGAUUAAUGGCUGCGAGAGAAGAGGAAAGGGGGAAGGCGAAGAGGAAGAAGAUGAUGGGGAAGGAGAUGGAUGGAAUGUGGCCUCGCAUCAAGGCCAAGAAGGAUCUCCAGAUCAAUCGCCUCAAGGGCACCCAUCUCUUCACGGCUCAGGUACCGAAUUUUUUUACUGCUGCUGAAGCCAAGGCCUUUGUUGACGCUGCAGAGGCCAUCGGCUUUGCGCACCAAGGGAGUCAAGGUCCUGCGAAAGGUGAAGCCUACAGGGAUAAUGAUCGCAUUUCUGUCAGUGAUCCUGUUCUUGCUGAAAAUAUAUGGGAAUCAGGCCUGAAAAGUAUGUUUGAUGAUAUAGAACUUAGGGGGAAGAUAGCUGUUGGUCUGAAUCCAAAUAUUAGAUUUUACAGAUAUAAGGUCGGACAGAGGUUUGGUUGCCAUAUUGAUGAAAGUGUUAACCUUGGAGAAGGGCGCAGGACGCAAUACACUCUCCUAAUUUAUCUCAGUGGUGAUUUAUGCUCCAAAACGAGGCACGGCUUGGACAAAACCCAGGAUUCAUCCAUACACUCUCUAGUUGGAGGAGAGACUGUGUUUUAUGAUGAAAGAAAAGGGAUUGUGGCUGAGGUUGCUCCCAUGGUGGGAAUGGCCCUUCUUCACAUUCAUGGAGGCAGAUGCAUGCUGCAUGAAGCCCGUGCUGUUACUAAGAAUGUGAAGUAUGUUUUGCGUUCAGAUGUGGUUUUUGCUUGAUGAUGAUUUUAGGGUUUCUCACACAUUCUAAGGUAUUGAUUCUUUACUUUG